AUGCCUCGAUCUGGGAUCCGGCUUUAAUGUGCUAGUACGGAGUACGACUGGAAUUCUUUUUUUUUUCUCGAGCAUGGAGUUGGGAAGGAAUACACCGGUAGUGGCACUGGCACUGGCGCUGGCAUGGCGCUUGGUCGCUGUAAUAUCUCGCUUAAUAUCCACCUAUGAACAGAAUUUUUCGUCCUGCCCACUUCCACUCGUCUUUACCGCUUUUGGUGGGAGCUACGAGUAUCUGCAUACCAUUACGUAUCAGAUCGAUCACGUCCAUUUCCUCCUAUCCAUGAUGUAGAAGUUCUACUAUAUAUGGGUUACAUUGCAUGGCAUGGCCUACAUAAUAACGAGCUAUGCACUAUUCAAUCCAAUUUUCACUGUCUAUCGUAACCCCAUCCAUCCAUCCAUCCAUCCAGAUAACUCACCCAACCACAAACUCACCCACAAUGAACGCA